UUCCUCAGAAAGACCAAGUGCCAAACGACGACGAAGUUCGCAUUUUUCUUUAGUUUUGCCCAUUCUCUUUUGCUCCUACACCGACGCUGAUUACUUUGCCUGAAACCUCCGUUCGUCACCGGAGAAAUGAGAACUCCGGCGAUUGAUCCUUCUAUACGUCGCCUGCAUGUCCGUAUCUCCGUUCCUCGCCGUCAUGUCUUUCACGAACCUUGCUUUAAUCGUUCCUGUAAACACUAAUGAAAAAAGGGGAAAGAAGUGACUUUUUUUAGCAGAGUUUUCAAGUUAUUCCAUGCUUGUUUUGCAAACUCGAAGCAAGCCUAUAUAAUAAUCGGAGAGAAAGGUAUCGGUUUUGUUUAGAGCAUCGAAUUUUGGUAGAUUUUGACGAUUUUCAUUUGACUACGUUGGAUUUCUAUUUGUCCCCCUUUUCUGUUGUGAUCGGAUUGCUCUGUAAAGGUUUCUGGUCCGAUGAGGUGUUCCGGAGAGGAUGAUCGGAGAGAUGAAUGAGGGUUUUGUCGAUGUGGUGAUGUAUCUAAUGAGUUAAUGGUUUCGCCUUUUCCGUCCUGCUUCAAUCCAAUUGCUUGUUAGCUGAAAAAGAGGAGGUAGAUGUAUAGGAAUAUAAUCCCUGAUUUCACGUUACUCUGUGCAACCGUGAUUAUUUUGUUCUUUCACUGAGUAGUUCAGAACGCAGCCCAAAGUCCUAAGCCUUCUGAGAUGGAGUUCUAGGAUUAUGAAACACUUGGACUAACACGAUUUCACAGUUACUGAAAAUGGAGAGCAGCAGUUGAAGGUAGAAGAGAAUAGAUUUCUCUGGUUUUAGUCUCGUUAAAGAACAUGCCUCCUUUGAAGAUCCAACCAUUAGAUGGCCAUUUGCUUGAGGAGUCUAUACGGAACGAUCCGGUUAAGCCUGUCGUGAAAUCGCGUCUCAAGAGGCUCUUCGAGCGGCAGUUCCCGAGUGUUCUGAGGCUUUCAUCGACUGAGAAGCCCGUCCUUGGUGAACAGCAGUAUAACAAAGAUGCUACUAACAACAACAACAACGAUUGGGAGCCGAGUUCUGUGUGUUUGGCUAAGAUGGUUCAGAACUUCAUUGAAGAGAACAAUGAAAAACACUCCUCAACUACCAAAUGUGGACGAAAUCGAUGCAAUUGCUUCAACGGAAACUGCAAAGAUAGCUCCGACGAUGAAUUCGACUUGUGCAAUUGUUUCGGUGAAUCGAUGUCGGCGGCUUCCUGUGGCGAUGCCUGCGAAAUUCUCAAGAGCUUGGUUCCUUGUGCGAGCGUUGCCGAGAGAAACCUCUUAGCGGACACUGCGAAGAUCAUAGAGAAGAAUAAGAGCUGCAAGCUUAAGGAUGAUUGCAGAAAGAUCGUCACUGAUGGUCUUAUUAGUCUUGGCUACGAUGCAUCCAUCUGCAAAUCCCGUUGGGAAAAAUCUCCAUCUUAUCCUGCUGGAGAAUACGAAUACAUAGACGUUAUUGUGGAAGGUGAACGAUUGAUAGUCGACGUAGACUUCCGAUCGGAAUUCGAGAUCGCUCGAUCGACUGGAACCUACAAAGUGGUCCUCCAAGCAUUACCAUCCAUCUUCGUCGGAAAAGCUGACCGCCUCCAACAGAUCGUAGGAAUCGUUUCAGACGCAGCAAGACAGAGCCUGAAGAAAAAAGGAAUGCACAUACCUCCGUGGAGGAAGGCCGAAUACAUGAAUUCGAAAUGGCUCUCUCCUUAUACUAGAACCACAUCGCCAUCGGUCAAGCCAGUCGAGACUGAAACCCAGGCCCAGACCGAAACCGAAAGGGAGAACAAGCCAUCCUCGCUGAAUACAACUACUAACAAUUCCGUUUCGAAUUCCAAUUCCGAUUCCUCCGGUGAGUUCGAUCUUCUUUUCGGGGAGGAAUGUUCGCCGACGGGAACCGAAACCUCCGGCUCAUCGGUUUCUCCAGUUGGAAUUCCUGAUGAAGAGGAAAAGGCUAAGGUCAUCAUCUCACCCUGGAAGCCACCGGCGAUCAAACCAAAGAGUUCUCAGGGAGGAACGAAGGUUGUCACCGGUUUAGCUUCGGUCCUCAAAGAAAAACCAUAAAAAAAAAAAAAAUUUUGCUUUUUCUUUUUUUAAUUUUUUUUUGGUUCCGGAAAAUCGAAAUUCCCCUUCUUUUUUUGGGCAAGGGUCUGUAAGAAGAAGCAAAGCUAUAGUAAUCCAUAUCCAUCUAUCGAUAUAAUAAAAAAAAGUUACAGUAAAUAGCAAUAUAUAUAAUAUAUAUUUUUCUUUGUUCUCUAUUGAAUUUCCUCUGUAUUUACCUCAAAACGAGUGUUGUCUUGCGAAAAUCUUCUGAGAGAGAGGACGACGGACGGAGGUACGCGUUUUCAGUUCUCGUUUCAGGUGUGGGAUUUAACGAGCAGUUUGGAUUUAUCCACUA